GGCAUUACUGUGGGAUAUCGAGGGGGAGGGGGUAAUCCGCCAGUUUUCUGCGCAGUGUUUGAGGCCUGAGCGACGGUGAGGUAAAGCGGAGUGCGCAGUGAAUGCACCGCGCAUGCGCAGUUAUCAGAACGCUGGAUGCGGCGCCAUUUUCUUCUCAGACGACGUUGGUCAGAAUAGCGGAGGAGGGCGGAUGUACCGAGCCAGGUCCGUGAACCCUAUGGUAGUAAUCCAAUCGUUAUAACCAGCACACAUCUUCAAGUAUCAUACAGAUAUAAUUGCUUUUGCCUGAAAAUGUCGCUGAUCAUCCGUCUGCAGGGUCUUCCUGCUGUAGCAAAUUCAGUUGAUAUUCGGCAAUUCUUUUCUGGAUUGAGUAUUCCUAGAGGUGGUGUGUAUAUCACAGGUGGAAAAUUUGGUGAGGCCUAUAUUGUGUUUGGAACAUAUGAAGAGGCUCGGUGUGCCUUAAACCUGUCUGGCCAUAUUCUUAGGGAUUCAUACAUCCGUUUAACAUACAGCACCGAAGAGGAAAUGAGACGUGCAUUGGAGGUAUACCAGAUAGGUCUGAAGCCAUCAAUGGGCGCAUCAUACAACCCAGAGGUUAAUCGAAGAAGUCCUGACAAUAGACCUUCGUCUUCAUUUUCAUAUAUAUACAUACAUGGGAUGCCAGUGAAAACCACAAAGGUAGAAAUAAGAGAGUUUUUCAAGGGACUCCUUGUGGAAGAUGUGGUGUUUUUGAGAUUUACUAAUGGAGUAAGGAAUGGGAAUGCCAUUGUCAAGUUUGGAAGAAGUCAUGAUGCCAGCGAAGGGCUGAAACUUCACAGCCUGCCCCUUUGCGGUUCGCCAGUGACACUCAAGCUUUCUAAUGAGGUUGAAUGGGUCAAAAAUGGUGGAGAACCUGUUGUUAAUAAGUCGCGGUCUCCUCACCAUUAUUCUAGCCGUGAUAGACGACGCAGCAGAUCUAGGUGCAGAUCUAGGUGCAGAUCCAGGUGUAGAUCUAGGUGCAGAUCCAGGUGUAGAUCCAGGUGCAGAUCUAGAUCCAGGUACAGAUCCAGGUCACCAUACAGAAGAUUGAGGCGUAGAUCACCUUAUGUGCGGGAUUUCUAUGUGCAUAUUAUUAAUUUGAGCUACAGAGCUGAGAGAAAAGAUAUUAAGAAGUUUUUCUUUGACCUUGACAUGAAGGACUCUCAGAUUAUCUUCCUAAUUGACAAAGAGGGUAAAAGGACAAGAGAAGGUUUUGCCAUGUUUACUACAGAAAGGGAUUAUAAAAGAGCCCUCAGCUUGGACGGGGCACUUUUCAUGGGCCACCCUGUAACAAUAAUACCCAUUUCUAAAAGGGAUAUGUAUGGGUUGAUCGAGCGUAUGAAAGUCAGAGUCUGUAAGGUUUACACACCUAAGGAGAAGUCUCAAAGUCGAUCCUCAAAGGAAAAGAGGUACUUGUAUCUGCGAAAUUUUGCCUUUGAUGUUACUAAAGCUGAUGUCCAGAAAUUCUUCACUGGGCAAACUGUAAAAGAAGAUGCCAUUGUUCUAUUACUUGACAAUAAAGGAGUCGGGCUUGGGGAAGCACUGGUAAAAUUUGCAGAUGAAAAGGAGGCAUCUAAAGCCGAAAAAGAAAAUGGCCAAACACAUCUAGGGAUCAAAAUCCUUUUGAGCCGCAUUACUGAGGAACAAAUGAAGGCUUUACAGGAGGCUAACAAAUCCGAAGAAGCCAUUGUUACUGAAGCAGAUGAUGUGCCCGAUUUUACUUCAGAUUCAUUACCUGAUCUGGCUCCCAGUGUCGAGCCUGAUUUUACUUCAGAUUCAUUACCUGAUCUGGCUCCCAGUGUCGAACCUGACUUUACUUCAGAUUCAUUACCUGAUCUGGCUCCCAGUGUCGAGCCUGAUUUUACUUCAGAUUCAUUACCUAAUCUGGCUCCCAGUGUCGAGCCUGAUUUUACUUCAGAUUCAUUACCCAAUCCAGCUCCCAGUGUCGAACCUGAUCUUACUUCAGAUUCAUUAACCAAUCCGCCUCCCAGUGUCGAGCCUGAUCUUACUUCAGAUUCAUUACCUGAUUUGGAUCCCAGUGUGAAGACCCCACCAGUGCCAGCCAAUGGAGAGUCUUCUGCACUGGAGUCCAAUGAGGUAGAGGAACAGUUGGAUUCAGAAAAUGUGCUGCCUUCAAAUAAAGAAUCUGAAACCAUGGCAGAUUCGGAUAUUGUACAGGAAACUCCUUUGAUUCAGGACAAUCCAGACAAUACAGGGGAAAAACCGAAAGAUGAGAAAGUUUGCAAAGAGGAACCACCCUGCGAGAAAGUUGCAUCAGUGAAAAGUGCAGUAACUUUACUCUUUGUGCGGAACUUACCUUCUUCUGUCACUGCUGCUGAAAUUUUAGACUUUUUCUGUGACUACAAAGUGAUCUCUGUGAAUCUGAAAAAUAUUGAAAGAGGCAUAGCCACUCUUCGCAUGCCAAACUAUGCGACAGCAGUGUCUGCCAUAGAAACUCUUCACAAGAAAGAAGUGGGCCAAAAACAAGUGUUCCUCACUUUAAUUUGAGUUCUGGAACAGUGUCCUUGGUUCAAGCAAUAAUGGUAAGUAAACAGUCAGUGAUGAGUCUCCAAGUAAGUAGUGAAGAUGGAGUGACCAAACCACGAAGGAAAAGUCUUCUCAAAAUAGUUAGAAAUGUUGCCAGCAAAGCUUGUGGUUUUUAGAUAAAAGAAAAACAAGACACACUAAAGUCACUAGUGUAUGACAGUAGCCUUAGCUGAGUUUGUUAGGCUUCCACUCUUCUUACUGCAAGGAUGUCCUGCAUGCAUAUUCUCUCCACUGGAAAAAUGAGUAUGGGACCAGUUUCAGACAAAUGUAAUAUAGACACAUUUUUGUGUCCAUCUUAUUGACAAACGUCCCGCCAUCACCUCUGGUCUAAACCAAUACUUAUAAGGCCUGCGGUGAAGCCGGGACCAGAGGCUUACUAUUAAAAUAAAUAAAAGCAGCCUAUACACAUACCUUCCUGACUCACUGUAAGUCUCUGGUGUCAGGGUCCUCCCUUUACAGGCCAGUGUUCUUCUCCCAGAGCUGCAGAGUGUAGCAUCUUCCGUGAAGUAGCUUACAGUGCUGCUUCCCUAAUCACUGAGGUGGGACGCUGCUGCGGCCAGUGAUUGACAGAGAGAUGCUGUGAUGUCAUGUACAUAUUGCUGGGAAGAAGAUUUUGUCUUUCAAGAUUCACCAGCCUGUGGAUGGGCGCUCUUACAAUGGGGAGCCAGGAAGGUAUAUGUAAGCUGUUUUUAUUUGAAUAAAAAAUCCAAUGACUUUUAGUGACCUUUUUCAGAAAAGAAAACAACAUACACAAACAAAAAACAAUCCCAUACCCUUACCCCCCCCCUUUUCUAGUCCAGAGACACAAAAUCUAUUACAAAAAUUAUUUUAUGAGCUUUCUAGCCUGAUAUAAAAUCCAGCAUCUCUCCAUAAGUGACCAAGAGCAGUCCAUUCCCACCUAAAGAUGCCUUAAGUGGACACCAUCUAUCUUACAACGCAGACAUCUAGAGUCAGGAUUUAAUCCAAUUUUAUGCAGAAACAGGGUGUUCUAUCAACAAAAUGUAGCAGUUAGGGCUGAGGCCAGUGAUUAUUCUAAAGAGGAUCAAAAUCUGGUUCCUAGCAUACCUUUUAUUGUCAAAAUUCGGUAGCACAAAUACAAAAGCGCUCCAUAGUGCAAUCAUCCGUCACUCAUAUGCACAUAAAACUACUGGAAGCGCUUACCCGCUUAGUUGUGCAGUGAGCAGGCACAACACUGAUGAAUGCAUACAAGGUACAAUCCAGGUGCAGCCGAUCCUUUUGCCCUUCAGGUCUAAGGCUGGAACUCCACUGAGGUUUUUUUUUGUGCAAAAAUGCCAUUAAAACGCCAAUUUUCCCGCAAUUUUCCCAUGUCCAGAUGUUGGCUGCAAGUCAAUAGUAAACUGCAAAAUGCCAGAUUCACUUGGCGUUUUUCAGUUUGGCGUUUUUUUUUUUUAUCCUUUUGGCGUUUUUCAGCAAUUUCGGGCUCAGAGGCUGGAUUUUCAAAACGCCCGACAAAACCUAGUUUGGCAUUUUUUGCCCUGAAAUGCUAUGUUGGUUUAAAAUUUUGCGUUUUUGCAAGCGGUUUUUAUUCUUUUUUGUACUUCAGCGAUCCCAAAAAAUUAUGGAGAUACCUUUUUUAUUAAAAUUUUGUAGGGUACCCUAAAAAAAAUAAGAUAUAGUAGUGAUGGAAAAAAUUGUAUCUAACGGCAUUUUUUUUUUUAUUACAAAAUCUUUAUUCAUUUUUAAACAGGGAUCAAUUUAUCUGUGCGGGUAAAGCACUAAAAAUGUAGCCGACAAUACUAAAAAUGUAGUGUGUAUGUGUUUUUUUUUUUUUUUUCACUUUUUGUUUUACAUUUUUUUAGGUAGUACUACCACUCCCAGCAUGGAACACACAGUUCCAUGAUGGGAGUAGUAGUACCUGUACUAAUUGACAGAUCGUCCGUUGCGAUCUUCCUGUAUAAUGUAUAGAUGCGGCGGCCGCUCUUCUAUGGUCCCCUGCACUGACGUAUAUAUACACCUAUUCAUAUUUCCCGCAGAGAUCUGUGAUUGGCCAGAUGGUUCCAGCCUAUCAAAGCUCUGG